CGCACGACGGACUAAACGAAAGAGAGACUGCUUGUGUGUUUGGAUGAUGAAGCUAUGUAAACAAGGAAAACUCUAUAUGCAAAAAAAUGUAACCGCGCCGUGCAAUAACUCCAAAAAAGCUGACUUGACAUCUCGUAGUUUUGCAGACCUUUGCAGUUUUGGCCAAUAUAGCUUUGCAGAUCGGCUUUGCAGGCUCAAAAAAGCGAAGUUGUUUAGCGACACAGGAUGGCGCUUCUUGACUCUGCAGAGUCGCUCCUUGAGCACUGGCUGACGAUUUUGAUUGCCUCGGUCAUUUUGCUUGCUGUGUAUUUUCACGGGAUAGCUCCGUACCGGAUGCUGAGAGCUGUUUAUCACAAGGGGCCUACACCUCUUCCACUGAUCGGACAUCUAGUGGAUAUCAUGAAGCACAAGGGCCAAAUUCAUCUGCAGAUGGAUGAAUAUUACAAAAAAUACGGCCAGGUUUAUUCCAUGUUAUUCUUUGGCAGUAUACCCUGUAUAGUCAUCGGUGAUCCAGAGAUGAUAAAGGAUAUACUGGUUAAAGAAUCAGCUUCUUUCUACGAUCGUCCUCAAUUUAUGAAACAACCUGAACCUCUGAACAGCAUGUUGAUUGAAGUCAAGCAGGAGAAUUGGAAACGUAUUCGUAGCACCUUGACACCAGCUUUCAGCGCUCUGAAAAUGAAACAGAUGGUGCCAUUGAUGAAUGCAUGCAGUGAUAAUUUGAUCAAGAAACUUGCUGAAGUAGCUGACAAGGAAGAAAGUGUUAACAUCAAAACAUUUCAACAACGCCUGGCGAUGGAUGUCAUUGUUUCUGCGGCAUUUGGCAUUGAAGUGAACUCACAAAAUAAUCCUGAUGAUCCAGUCCUCAAAGCAGCUGAGCUUGCUAUCAAUGAGACUACCUUUCAGUUAAUUUUAUUUGGGGUUCUUAGUUUGAUGCCUUAUGGAUUGAAAAUUAUGGAAAAAGUGCCACAACUGUAUAUGAAUAAUCUAAAACCACUCCUCAAUAUUGCGGAGGAAAUAGUUCGCACGAAGAGAGAAAACACAGGGAACUCAGUUAAAAAGGACAUGUUAGAUCUUAUGCUGGCUGCUUCAGACGACCUUUCAGUUCCAGAGUCUAAGAAGCUCUCUGACGCAGAAGUUUUAGCACAAAGCUUUGUCUUCCUUGCUGCAGGAUAUGAAACUUCCAGUACCACGUUAGGUUUUGUGUGUCACCAUUUGGCAACAAGUCCUGAGAUUCAGGACAAGCUGCAGCAAGAGAUUGACAAUGCUUGGCCAGAUGAAAACCAGAUGCUGUCAUACGAGACGGUUCAUGAGCUACCAUACCUCGACAUGGUGAUAUCAGAGGCGCUGAGGAUGUACCCUCCAGGGUUUAUUCUGGCUCGUUCCUGUACAAAAGAAUGUAUCAUCAAAGGAGUGAAAAUACAGGAGGGUACAAUGGCCGUAAUACCAGCAUACAGCAUUCAUCAUGACCCGUCCAUUUAUCCUGACCCGGAAAAAUUUGACCCUGAGCGUUUUUCAGCUGCAGCUAAACAGUCUCGUGAUUCCUACACUUACAUGCCGUUUGGUCACGGACCACACAACUGUAUUGGUAUGCGGUUUGCUCAGGUGGAAAUGAAGCUUGUGUUGGCGCGAAUGUUGAAGAAAUAUCGUUUGGAGGCCGCUCCAGAUACAAAGAUCCCGCCUGAAAUUGUCAUUAGAAGUACCUUGACAGACAUGACAAUUGGAGAUGUUAAAGUUCUUGUAAAAUCACGAGCUAAGUAAAUGCAUGCCAAACCUUUCUUCUUUCCAAUUGUAUAAGAGCAUAGAGGUUUUCAUUCGAGUGUCUCAAAACCAAAACUAAAGUUAUCACUCUAGCCAGUCACAAAAGAAACAGACUAUCUAAUGAACCAAUUAAAACAAAAAAUUAAUACAUGCUUGGCUUUAGUAUCACUCCUGAUCGGAUGGAAAAGUGGUGCCAAUCAUGUAGUGUAGUUGUACAAAAGCAAUAUUACUUUUGGACAUUGUGUAGUUCCAGAAAAUAUCCAUCCCCCCACCAAGGAGGCCCCGUAAGCCUCCUUCCUCCUCGGAAUUUCCAUUUUUUGAACACAACAGUCCAUGUACAGUUUUAUUUGUAGAAUAGUUUGAUAAAUUGCUUUUUAGUCUUACACUACACUAGAAUCACUCUACGGUUAAACAUUUUCAGUUUUCUGUGAUCUUGUCUCUCUGACCGGCAGGAUCUUGAAAAUCGACUACCGACCAGCGGAACAGCUUGUGUAUAAGCUAGGUAAUUGGACUUAAGUCCAUGCACAGUUUUAUUUGUAGAAUAGUUUGAUACAUUGUUCUUUAAUUUUAUACUACACUAGAAUCACUCUAAAAUUAAAUGUUUUCAGUUUUCUGUGAUCUUGUCCCUCUUGCCGGUAGGAUCUUGAAAAUACUACCGACCAGAGGGACAGCUUGUGUAUAAGGUAAUUGGAGUCAUGUCUAUACACAGUUUUAUUUGUAGAAUAGUUUGAUACCUCGUUCUUUAGUUUUAGACUACACUAGAAUCACUCUAAAAUUAAAUAUUUUCAGUUUUCUGUGAUCUUGUCCCUCUAGCCGGUAGGAUCUUGAAAAUACUACCGGCUAGAGGGACAGCUUGUGUUUAAGGUAAUUGGACUUCAAAGUUUUAUUUGUAGAAUAGUUUGAUACAUUCCACUUAUUCCUUAAGUCAUAAAGCAGGCUAGAAUAUUGAGGAGUCACAUUAUAUGAAGGUUAUCAGACACUUGAUUUCUGAAUGCCUGAACAAAAAGACAUUGAAUUGAAUUAAUUUUGCAUUCACUCCAAGUCCAGGCAGUGGGACACAUUUCUGAUAUGUCCAGUGGACUUGAAGUUGUAGACAUCAAUAUUAUUUUAAUGAAAUAUAUUUGUGACUUUAAUACUUUGUGGGAGGAUAGAGGAAUCUCUUCAGAAGGAAUGUUAAACUUUAAGAGUUCGAUUCUGUUCCUUAGUAUUGUAAAACUAUCUGUUUAUGGAAUAAACACAAAUUAAAGUAACAAAAAUUUCCUCCUA